AUGGAAGAAGGUGAUGAGUCAACAAGAGUGAAAGGGGUAGUGAUAAUCACAUUGCCGCCGGCGGAUAAUCCUUCUUUAGGGAAAACUAUCACCGCUUUCGCAAUCACUGAUGAGGAUGAUUCCCAAUUGCCACAUCAGUACCAUUAUCAUGGCCAAGUAGAGCCGCCACAGCCGCCUUCACGGCCACUGGACAAUCAGAACUCACAAGCUCAGGGGAAUUUUUCUCUUAAAAGAUUGCUUUUUGGGAGCCCCAUUUCAGUUUUAUUGAUUAUUAGUAUGUAUAUGAUUGGUUUGUACUCUUGGGCUUCUUUCACCCAAGAGAAUUUCUUUGAAUUGCGGGAUGAUGUUGACGAUAAUCGGAAGUCAAAUACCAUUAUUCUUCCUUUGUAUUCUAAGCUGGGAUUUCGUGGGAGUGGGAGCUCGCAGAGUGAUUUUGAACUUAAGCUUGGGAGAUAUGUGGAUUCGAAUGAUCUUAGGCUUGGAAGAUAUUCGAAUUCCAGGUUUCCAAUGGACACACUGUUGAGUGAUCCAAUGAGUCAACGGAAGACUAAAACUGUGGUUUCUGCUGCGUCUAAGGUUGAUGCCUCUACGGUUUUCCCAAUCAACGGUAACAUCUUUCCAGACGGAUUGUACUUUACAUAUGUACUUGUAGGGACUCCUCCAAGGCCCUAUUUUCUAGAUAUAGAUACAGGUAGUGACUUGACAUGGAUUCAGUGUGAUGCUCCUUGCACUAGCUGUGCGAAGGGAGCACAUCCAUUUUACAAGCCCACGACAAGCAAAAUCGUUCAUUCAAAUGACGCAUAUUGUGCUGAAACUCAAAAAAAUCCAAAUACCAAGUGCGAAGCUGAAAAUUGUGAUCAAUGUGAUUAUGAAAUCGAAUAUGCUGAUCACAGUUCCUCCAUAGGCGUUCUUGCCAGGGAUAAGUUUUAUUUGAGCAGCUCAAAUGGAUCAAUUAUCAAUGCAAAUUUUGUUUUUGGGUGUGCAUAUGAUCAGCAAGGCUCCCUUCUAAACUCACUUGUAAAAACAGAUGGAAUCUUUGGUUUGAGCAAGGGAAAAGUCAGCUUACCAUCACAGUUGGCAACCCAAGGCAAUAUAAAACAUGUUGUAGCGCAUUGCCUUGCCGCUGAAGCGGGUCGUGGCGGAUAUAUGUUCUUAGGAAAUGAUCUUGUACCGCACCAGCACAUGACAUGGGUCCCAAUGCUUGAUAGCACUUCUUUAAAUGCGUAUCACACAGAAGUUACAAGAUUCAGCUAUGGGGGAAACGUACUUCGCUCAGGUGUUAAAAGUAGCAGGCUCAUAGUUUUUGACAGUGGCAGUUCAUACACCUAUUUUCCCAAAGAAGCAUAUGCUGAUUUAGUUGCCAAAAUUGAAGGCAUUUCAGGUGAAAAUCUCAUCCGAGAUGCAUCAGACGGCACAUUACCUUUAUGUUGGCGAACUACAUUCGAGAUAAGAUCUAUUUCGGAUAUAGGACACAUCUUCAAACCAUUGGAUAUUCACUUUAGAAACAAGUGGUGGGUUAUACCCACCAAACUUCAGAUUCCUCCACAAGGCUACUUAGUCAUCACUAAAAAAGGUAAUGUGUGCUUGGGAAUACUUGACGGGAGCAAAGUACAUGAUGGGUCCACAGUGAUUCUUGGUGGUAAGUUCAAUUCUGAUAUUAGAUGA